AUGGUUAUGAACCAGGAGUUUGGGGCAAAGUUUGCCACAUUAACUCCAAUGGCAGUGGCCAAUCCUGAGUUCUACAAUCAUUCCAAUAGUUCCCUUACCUGGGAGAGGCCUCUGGAGGCUGGAUCAGUAGAAGACCUGGUUGAUGCCUUUGGGACCCUGCUUUCUAUCAUGUGCUUGGUGGGGGUAAUUGGCAUCCUCCAUACACUGGUGGUGAUGUAUCAUUACCUGCACUCCUCAGCUUCCAUGUAUAUUUACAUAAUCAAUUUGGCCCUGGCUGAUCUGCUUUGUCUCCUCACCAUUCACUUCAUUGUCAGCACUUACUUCAUUCAGAAAUGGCACUUUGGUGAUAUAGGUUGCCGAGUGCUCUUCAGUUUGGAUUUCCUGACUGUGCAUGCAAGCAUCUUCACUCUGACUGUCAUGAGCAGUGAGCUAUACUUUGCAAUCCUCAAGCCCCUGGACAUGAUGAAAUGUUCCAAGAACUACCAAAAGACUAUUGCUGUGCGCAUCUGGUUGAUGUCUCUGCUGCUGACCCUCCCCAUGUUGAUAAUGAUCCAGUUGGUACAGAGAGACAAAAAUUGCCUACCAACGUGGAGCAAGAUGUCCUACCAGGUUUGCCUAUCUAUCCUCUUUGGGACCAGUACUGUGGGACCUGGGGUGAUCAUUGGUUUUCUGUAUAUCUGCCUGGCCAGAACUUACUGGUACUCUCAAGUAGUUUCCUUUAAGAUGACUAAGUGGCUACCCAACCUGAAGGUCUUCUAUCUCCUCAUCUUCACCAUUGUGCUGGUAUUCUGGGCUUGUUUCUUCCCCUGGCAGCUCUUCUCUCAAUACUGUGAAUUCUUGCAUCUGUCUGCCAAAGUCAUUCGAAUCAUAAACUACUUGACCACCUGCCUCACCUACAAUAACAGCUGCAUCAAUCCUUUCCUUUACACACUUCUGACCAAGAACUACAAAGAAUACCUACACGGCUAGCAAAGUUUUAGAAGCAAUAAUAGUGGUACUAGUCCUAGUAGCAUCUUUCAGAGGGACAACCAGUUCAGGAGGAUCUCUGGCAGGUAGUAGUCAGCCACCAGUAGUCAGCAUUGUAGAGAAAUUUUCAUAGUUUCUAAGAUCUCUGGUUAA